AUGGCAGAUAUGCCACCUUUGGCAAAGUGUGUCUAUUUUUGGUUGGCACUUGCUGAUUUCAUUAUGAACGUGCGCGGAGGCUUUGUAGCUUUUUCAAUAAUACCUCACCUGGCUGCUAAGGUCAAGAUGUUUUUUGCCUUGGCCCCUUCAUAUACCCUUCAGUAUACGAAAAGUGUGAUAUUGCAACUCACACGUUUGCCAGAGCCAUUGUUGAAGACAACUCCUCCUCUGUACGACAUUGAAGCAAUCACCAUCCCAAUAGCCAUGUGGAGUGGGGGUCAGGACUGGGCUUCCCAACCCCCUGAAAUUGCACAACUGCGACAUCGAAUUACGAAUCUCAUUCACGAGAAGAAGUUUCCCGAGUGGAACCACUGGGAUUUCAUUUGGGGUCUUGAUGCUGCUUCCUGCUUGUAUAAAGAAAUACUUGCUUUGAUGGCAACAUUGUAG